GUUCCUUUGUGUUGAAGGAGAUAAGCAACCGUCCUUCAACACAAAGAUCCAUCAGAUCAAGCCAGCAGACAAGAGAUAGAUCAUUAGAUGGCGAAAAGCCAUGUAUUGUUGUUGUUCCUGUAUGCAGCCAUGGGGGGUCUUAUGAUUGGGGAGGUGGGUGGAAUGAAUCACAUUGUUGGAAAAAGCCUUGGCUGGACCAUCCCCCAGAAUGCUUCCUUCUACCAAGACUGGGCAGCACCCAGAACUUUCGCCGUUGGUGACAAGUUGGUCUUCUUGUAUAGUUCGGGCAUGCACAAUGUGAUAGAGGUAAGCAAGGCGGAUUAUGAUGCAUGCACUCAAAAGAAUACGAUCAGUGUACACUUCAGCGGGCCGACGGUUCUUAAGCUCGCUAAGCCUGGGGAUCACUACUUCAUCUGUGGCCUCAGGCAGCACUGUUUGCGUGGCCAGAAACUGAGCAUUAAGGUGGCACAGGGGCAAGUGCCUGUGGAGUCUGGUGCCGAUUCUGCUAAGUCUUUGUUCAGUUUCAGGCUGGUUUCUGUUUUAUUAAUCUUUGUGCUUUUCAUGCCUAUUUGAAUGGAGAGGUAGCUAGCUUCUCUAAGAAUUUCCUGAAAUGUUGGACGUGUGAUUCUAGAUAGAAUGAAGGUUUUCAAUGGUGGAAAGCAUGCAUGGGGCUUCUAGGGUUUGUUCAUUGAUCGAGCAGUGAAAGAGAAAACUGGAGUACCAUAGCCAACUCUGUAACAUAUUAGGUCUUGGAAAUGAUCUUUCUGAUGAAUAUUUUUGGAUUGGCUUUGCUUUUAUGACAUAUUAAUUGACAUGCAAUGUAAUUUUGUAUAAAA